CUCAAAGUAAAUCGGUAAACUGACCGUGUUCGGUCACGUUCGAUGCAAAUUCCUGGAACAUAAAAAGACACUUGGAUGCCAUCUUACGUAUAAAGCCCACAGACAGUUUAGACAAGCAGCAAGUUCAUCUAGAGACGGCGAAAAGGGGCCAAUUUGGGCAAGACACUCUCGCAGCUGCCCGCCAUGAACCGGCCGUCGAGAACGGAGGACGAUCUCGAGCAUCCAACGUGGAACCAGAACCCGCCGUUUCUAGCCGCGGAUCUGACCACUCGGCAAGACCUCAAUGGCAUUGCCAACGCCCGUGAACACCGCCAUGGAUGCUCCGGUACUGGUAACGAGCUGGACCUCCUCAACGACGAGAAACAUAGCAAUGAUGUGAGGGUUUGCGCCUCGGACAAUGACUCCUUCGCCGCCCUUCCCCCUGCAAUGAGCGGUGUCUCCCGUCCGCUCAUUGCUCCCAAGACGGUGCUUGGUGGUGAAGGCCAAGCCUGUCUCUCCCGUCGCCGAAUCCGACCCCCUGAGGGUUGGGUUGGCUGGAUCACGUCGGUCAUCGUGGUCUCGACGUUGAUCAAUGCUGCCGGUAGCUCACUCCCGGCCCUGUUUGCUGGCGCUAUCAAGCCGGCGGCGCGGAACGUGACCAACAAAGUCGAAACUCCCCUACGGCGCCUCGCCACGCGUCAGGAUACCUGCGCUGGCAGUGUAGCCGGCGCAGCAGAUUACAACACGCCCCUUCACGUCGGUGCGUUGCUCAUCAUCCUAGCCGUCUCCAGUCUGGCCUGCGGGACCCCUAUGCUCGCCGCCAAGUUCCCCAUCCUCCGCAUCCCUGAACCCUUCUUCUUCGGCGUCCGCCAUUUCGGCACCGGCGUCCUGCUCGCCACCGCGUUCGUGCACCUCCUCCCGACCGCCUUCAUCUCGCUCGGCAACUCCUGCCUCUCGAGCUUCUGGACCACCGACUACCCGGCCAUGCCGGGCGCCAUUGCACUCGUUGGCAUCUUUUUCGUCAGCGUCAUCGAGAUGGUCUUUAGUCCCGCGCGCAACUUCAUACCCCGCGUUGCGCCGACAGGGGGCGAGUCCUGCCUCGCUGAGGGGCCAGGGACAGGGGCAGGCACGCAAGCCGCCCUCCCAGCUGCGAUGGGAGGCGGACACUGCAGCCACGCAGCUGUUGUCGCAGCCAUCACACGUUCCCCGACUACUAUCCGCCCUGCCGGCGUCGAUCCGGCCUCGCUGCUGCGGGAUGCGGGAGCCGCUGACCCUCCUACUAAGAACCACCAACAACCUACGCGCUCCAAGGAAGUCCGGGACGUGGAGUCUCAGGGAGGAGGGGGGGCGCUCACUCCGGAACAGGUCCACAAGAAGAGUAUUCUGCAAUGCAUGCUACUGGAAGUGGGGAUUCUGUUCCACAGCGUCUUUAUCGGCAUGGCCCUGAGCGUAUCCAUCGGGAGCGACUUUGUUGUCCUGCUGAUCGCCAUUGCCUUUCACCAAACCUUCGAAGGACUUGCCCUGGGCGCGCGCAUCGCCUCCAUCUCCUGGCCCAAAAAGACCCUCCAGCCCUGGCUGAUGGUUCUCGCGUACGGAUGCACAACGCCAAUAGGCCAAGCCAUCGGCCUGGCGACGCACACCCUCUACAGCCCGGACUCGGAGUUCGGCCUCAUCCUGGUCGGCACCAUGAAUGCCGUGUCGUCCGGGCUGCUGGUGUUUGCCGCCCUGAUCGAGCUGCUUGCCGAGGACUUCCUGAGCGACCACAGCUGGCGCGUCCUGCGGGGCAGGAAGAGGGUGGCGGCUUGCUUCCUGGUGUUGCUAGGGGCCUUGUGUAUGAGCCUUGUUGGAGCGUGGGCUUAGAACGAUAUAUAUCUAGAUGCCUCUCCUUGCUGUACCAAGUAAGGAAGGAAAGGGUACUCCUGAGUUCGUGCGGGUAUCGAUCGAGGCUUUUGUUUACUUUCGAGCCGAGUUUGGAGGGCGGAUCUCAGGGGCAUAUUCCGGAUGACAUCAUGCUCCAACGGGCGCAUAUACUAGUGGAUGGGAGAUGAGUGGCAUUGGGAUUGACCUUGGCAAGAUAACUGGUAAACGUCCAGGGCUAUGCAAUCUUUCAUCAGAAAUCUGCUCUCCCAAGAUUUCAAUACCCGUUAGGAAGAACAAAUGUUGAUGUUUGCAUGUGUUAC